GGCGCUCGCCGGCCGCUGGAGGCGGGGCUGGGCGGGGGGACGCCCGCCAUGCUGAUCACGCUCUGCUACCUCUACCUAUGGGCGCGUUGGGGGCCUCGCUCGGCCGCGCUCAUCCGCCGCACCGUGCGCCGCCUCCACCGCUCCCGUUGCUCCUUCACCUUCUGCUGCUCCGCCGGCCCUGCGGCGCCUCCGGCUCAUCCGCCGCCGCCCGAGGAGCGAGUCUGCCUCAGGAUAGGAAACAAAGUCUUCUUCACGGACGAGACGCAGCUCCUCGAUGAUUUAAACAGAUGGAGUCUACUUCUCAUUUCUCCUUUUAUUUAUCCUGAUAAGUUACUAGAAACGGAACAUAUAGCUUUUGUGACAGAAAGUGUUUCAGCUCAGGCAGAUAACUUGCAGAAAUUACGUGUGUCUUCAAAAGAGAUUGUGAAGUGGUCUGACUAUUGUUCACCGUUGGCCUAUAAACCUGGGGAACCAUAUAAGUUAAUUGCUGAAGCAAGUGUAGAUAAUUUCAGUAACCUUGGAAUAGCAUUCAUGGAAGACAGGCUUCAAAUGGAUAAUGGAAUGGUUCCAUGCAAGAUUGUUUCUGUCCAUUUACAAGAAAAUACUCUGAAGGAGUUAAAACAGGUGACACCAUCUAUGAAAGAGAAGAGUGCAAGCAUUAAACAGAUGAAUGAAGUAACUCCUGCUACUUUUGGGACUACUGAUAAAACACAAUUAGGAGUAGCUGAGUCUGCAGGACAAGAUGAUGCAGAGGCAAAAGAAGAGAAAUCUAAGCGAGGAAAAGAAAAUGAGCACAAAGAUGAAUCCAACAGCCUAUCUGACAAAGAGAUAGGUUUUGGAGAGCAUCAUCACUUGCAUCUUUCCAGCUGUCGUGAAUGUCUACAACUUGAAAACAGCACUAUCGAAUCAGUCAGGUUUGCCUCUGUGGAAGACAUUCCAGAACUUCCUGAUGAUUGCAAUAGCAAACUGGAAGAGAAUGGUGAUUGUCUAACAACAGGAAUAAAGAGAGUAAACCUUGCUGGAAAGCCCCCUAAUAUAUUGAUUUAUGUUGGCUCUGGAACUGCAAAAGUGAGCUUUGAGCAAGUAAAAUCAGUCAUUCAGGAAUGUGUUGAUACAGAUAGCUACGCCAUCUACCAGCUGCAUGAAGAACAAGUUCUGAAAGCUCCGUGGAUUGAUAAUUCACUGCUGUUGAUCAUUGCCACAGAAAGGCCUAUUUCUGAGAAGAACCAAAAACAGUUCAUGAAGUUUUUAUCUAAAGGUGGAAAGAUUCUAGGGUUAUCAUCCUCUUUUACAUUUGAUGGUAUACAAAUAAAGAGGAAAGACAAAUUGAAGAGAACUGUUCAUGAAUUAGUGGUCUCUAAAAUGGACAGUACUGAAAUGAAGUUAAAUCUUUUGAUCACUGGCUGUAUUUUUGAGAUAGCAAUGAAGGAAGGGAGCAGCAAAGUGAAGCCGUUGAGUUGCUUAAAUAAUGCUGAUAAAGAUAUAGUUAUUGUUCAUCUGCCUUAUGGAGACAAUGGAGGAGAAGCCAUUCUUUCUCAGGUACAUUUGGAACUGGAUACUAAUUCUGUGGAUAUCCAAACUGAAGAGGAUUUUAAUUUGCUUAAGAUGAGCAAUUCCAAGCGAUACGAAGUUCUCAAGGAGAUUCUGAUAUCACUUGGCCUGAGUUGUGAAUUAAGUGAAGUUCCUACAUUGACACCUAUUUACCUUCUUUCUUCUGAUGAGGAAAUCCAUCUUACAGUUUUGAAAUGGCUUGAGGAGAAUGUAAAUGCUGAAGGAUUAAUAGAAUCCAGCAAAGUAUCUCUUAAAUUUGUUUCAUCUUGUGAAUCGAAAAUGGAGAUAACUCCAUCUUUCAUGUCAGUCAUCACCGAGAUGGGAAACUUCUCAUCAGAACAUUUCAGCCUGGAGACAUAUCAGCAGAAUCUACAAACAAAGAAACUUGGAAAGAUUGUUUUAUUUACUGAAGUUACCACCACAACAAUGAAUCUUCUAGACGGGUUAAUGUUCAAGUUGCCUGAGGAGAUGGGUUUAAUAGCAAUCGCUGUUCGACAAACACAAGGGAAAGGUCGUGGUGGAAAUGUUUGGCUCAGUCCCAUUGGUUGUGCACUAUCCACUUUACAUAUCACAAUUCCUCUACAUUCCAACUUGGGCCAGAGAAUUCCUUUUAUUCAACACCUAGUGUCCUUGGCAAUGGUAGAGUCGGUUAGAUCAUUACCAGGAUAUGAGGAUAUUGACCUGCGAGUAAAAUGGCCAAAUGAUAUUUAUUACAGUGAUCUUAUGAAGCUUGGUGGAGUUCUGGUAACCUCUACACUUAUUGAAACAACAUUUCAUAUACUUAUUGGUUUUGGAUUUAAUGUGAAUAACAGCAACCCCACCAUAUGCAUCAAUGACCUCAUCACAAAAUUUAAUAAGGAAGAGGGGACAAAUCUGAAAGCUUUAACUGCAGACUGCCUUAUUGCAAGAACUGUAACUGUGCUAGAGAGGCUUAUAGAUAUUUUUCAGGAGAAAGGGCCCAAUGGAGUUCUUCCUCGUUAUUACAAGUACUGGGUACACAGUGGUAAGCAGGUUCGUCUGCACAAUGAGGAGGGCCCGUUGGCAUGGAUAGUUGGGAUUGAUGAUUAUGGAUUCCUUCAAGUUCAUGAAGAAGGCAAAGGUGUAGAGUCUGUGCAUCCAGACGGCAACUCUUUUGAUAUGCUGAAAAACCUCAUAAUCCCAAAGCAUUAAUAGUUCUCAGAGUUCACAACACAAAAGGAGGUUCUUUACUAUUCAAUACCAAGUAGCUAAGCUUGUGUAGAAGUGGGAAGAGUAUUUGAUGGUUUGUUUGUUUGGUUUUCUUCUUCCUAUUUGUGAUGUCUUUUGUUCUUUGAGAUGUAUAACUUCAAUGGUUUAAUAAGAGUUAAUUAUCUUUUUGAUGAAGGUGGUCGUUUUUCUGUAUUGUCUUAAAAACUCAUCUAUGUUGCCAUUAUUUCUAAGCGUAUAUUCUUUUAACGGACUCUGAUUUCAACAGAAUACUGUGCAAUGAACAGAACUUUUUCUUCAAUUACUCACUGUGAGAAACUGAAGUGGCUAAAUAUUUUGUUUUCAGGUGUCUGUAUUUUUAUUGUGCUUUAACACAAUGAAGUAUUUACAUUUUAACUAGAUUCUGGUUUUUGCACUGUCUGCAGUGGAAUCAUCUGGAAGAGCUCAUCAUGUAUUUCUGAAUUACUGGGCUUAACACCGUAUUUAGAUUCAGGUCUAAGUAGAUCCUUGCUGACUUGGUUCUUCUCCACAUGAACACAUACAACAAUUCACAUACUGUGCUUUGGUCACAGGUAUGCAACUCUGUCAUGGCUGCCUUGAGUUUUUGGAGAGUCUUCCAUCAACUCUUAAGAACUAUGGUUGGUUAAGCCGAUUUAUUUUUAGCCUGCUCUUCUUAGCCAAUUGGAUCUAAGCGAAUCAUCUCAUGUCUCCUUUAAAUCAGUGUUCUGAAAGGCUUUAGCCCUGCAAGAAUAGCCCUCUGGGGGUCAUGACUAGUAUAGCUUCUGAUUUCAGUAUCCUUAUACAGGUUCAUCACUAUAAUAGUCAUGAAGGUAAGCGAAUAAGAGAAGAUGUCCCAAUCUUAAGAUCCCUACAUCAAUCACUCCGCUGGAAAUGAUAAAACAUAAAGUUACUUAUGUCCAAAUUCUCUUCCAUUGCUUCUCUUUUCUCCAAUCCCUUUCCCAAAGCGGGCAACUGUUUUUUCUGCUAACCACUGAAAACAAGGUUUGGCAUCUGCUGACUAGGAGGAUGCUUGCUUUUGGGGCUGGCCGCACAGUUCUGGGUUAGGUGUAACAGUUUGGUCUCAUUGGAAAGCAUCAAGAGGUAGGCGUGUGGGAGCUGCUGUGUGAUAGACAGCUUAUCGGGUUUCUCUCCUGUGCCAGACGACUUUGCAUUUUGUCUGGCCACAGAGCACUUCAAAUGGCUCUCUCAAAUAAGAAGUUUAUCAUAGGUGUGAUGUGGCUGGUUUCAUUUCCUCUAGUAGGAAGCACCACUUAUUAUGUACCUUGUCCCUACUAAAGUUGGAUCAGCCAGAUUGGCUUCUACAAAGCACUUUUGUCUACUAGCCAGAAAAGGGUUUUUUAGGUUAAAGUUCACCUCAUAAACAAUCUGAACUUGUUAGUAGAUUGUUUCAGUUACAAAGCCAAGAAGUCUUAAAGCAAAGAAGCUAGUCUGUAAUGGUAAUUUACAGUAAUCCUCACAUAUUAGGUUUUAGGUGGUUUGGCAGCAAGUGCUAGAAAUUAAGUUGUCCCUCUCACACUUGGGAUUUUACGCUCCAUAUCGCAAUAUAUCUGUGUGUGUGCCUGGUUGUCUGUCCCCUGCUGUUUUGUUUCCCCUUGUGAUCUGUGUCAAACAUGACUGCACACCAGUAUUUCCUAGAAUUGUACAGGGUAGUGUAGACAGCUGUUAAUUGGCUUAGCUGAAAUGAUGCACAAGAUUGCCAAUUUUUCCUUUUUCACCCCAGAUGCUUUCAAAACUGCUUUGGGCUGUUAAUUUUUGGCAACUACCGUUAGUUCAGAAUCAAGCAAAUAUUAUCAUAAAAUGAUAUAUAAAUCUGAGUUAAUAAAGUUUUUAAAGGAGCCCAUUUGUAUGUGUAGUGUGUAUGUGUAUACACACAACUUCUGUGUGUGUUUUCACUUCUUUUCUACCUUUUCCUUCCUAGCUGUGGAAAGCAUAGAACUGGUUUUUGACCAGUAACAGAAUUUUUAAAAACUUCAAAUCUGUAGAUCUCAAAGUGUCUGUUUUGUUACAGUAGAGUUUGCCAAUAGGAAACACAGUUGAUAUCACUUCUAUUUCAGAUAGACUGAUGAGUGGCUGUAGAGUUUACUUUAAAUGACCAGGCCAUGCAUUACUUCUUUACAUCAUUCUCUUCUCUAUUUUAGGUGCAGGGACUGUAAAAGAACAGUGGGGAAAAAGAUAAAGCAUGUUCCUGUAGGAAGGGCAUAAUGGAGUACUUGCAAAACUUCACUUAGCUAAACAAGUGCUGAGCAGAAAGCAGAUGUAUUUUUCUUACUAAAAUGCUUCAAUAUAAUAAUUGCUAUUAUUCCAAUUUGGCUUUCUUCAUAUUCUUUGCAAUGAAAUGCAUGUUUUAUUCUUGCUUUACAUUUUAAGAUUAUUCCAAAACAAGUUUGGCAAGAAACUUAGCAUUGAACUUCCUUUCUGAAAGUGAGAACUAUCAGCUGUGGAUUUGUCAGAGCAUUGGUAGGUGAUGUGGGGAUACUACUUUGCCUCUAUUUUUUAGUGGCCACUUCAUGUGUGUCUGCAGCAACCUGCUGUCUUAGGCAAAUGGCCUUGAGUUGGGUGAAGUGUUUGUUACAGACCUGACCUUCCUUUCAGAAAAAUCAAAGAACCUCACAAAGAAAAUUCACGCUACUUACAGAGAGCAUUGGAAUAAGGUCAUUCUGACUAGCAGCUGCUACUGUCAGGAAAGCCCAUGAACCUUCCUAUCCCACACUCAUCCUAAGGGAAUAUCUGGGAAUCACAGUCACUGAUUGUAUUCUUACUAUGGCAGAUAUCGCAUUCUGAAAACCACAAUAUUUUGCUGUGAAAAUCAUUUUUAGUAUUGUUCUUUAUGUAAGACAGACAAAUGUAGUGUCGUGUGGUCUCAGAACGCAGGUAUGGAGAGACUAAGGCAUCUCUGGACUCGGAAGUAAUGCACUGAAACUGUUUAAUUUUAUUAAGAUGUGGAACAUUUCGUGUGAGGCUGAUGUCAUAUCCUGAUGAAGUGCUUUUGUAGAGCAUUUAUUACGGUCUGUAUUUCUGUGACUUCCUUUUUUUUUUCUCUCAGACUGUUACACAUUUUCUCAUCACACAUUGUGAAAAUAUCUGUAGAGGUUGUUUGUCGGCAGGGAGACUUUUUGCAGGGUGAGCUGGGUGUGUUGGCACCUGCCUGCAUUCAGAACGAAUACGCGGGUUGCGUUCCUGUAGGACCAAUGCUGUUUCCAAAGAUUUGAAAAAAGAAUAACAUACUUAACGGGUAAGAGUUCAAGCAGUGCAUCUCACUUCUAUUAAAAGUUUUAUAAGAUUUCAGAGCUUUUUAAAAAUCUCUUCAGCAAAUAUAAUAUACUUCAAGGGCUAUUAUCUAGAAAUAAUAUUGGAGUAUUUAAUUCUUUAUGCUGCUAUUUUAUUGCUCAACUUUGUUUAAUUUCCCUGCUUUUUCUGAUGCAGCUACAAGACUUCACAAGUCUAAAAAAAUUACUCUCUGCAACUGCUUUGGAAUAGACGAUUGCUAUAUAAAUGUUUUCUGAAGUACAGCUUAAUAGCUGUCAUGGCAAAGAUUUGUGCUGCCAACAGCUGAUGGAUUCCUGGGGGGAAAUGCCCUGAUAAAGCCAUUUGCAUGCAUAAGAUGUGGCAGUGAUGCACAGCAUUGAUCAGACAGCAAAGAAAUUAAAUCUGGACUGAGGUAAGAACAGAGGUCAAAAAACAGUGGUAUGCAGCAGACUGUCAUCAUGUAGCAAUCAAUUGAUUAAAAGAACUGCAGGGAAGAAUUGUGAACUGAUGCUGUAUUUGAAUAUCUUGCAAUAGAGUGUUUCGUUAGCGAUUCUGUGUUAUUUUCAGUUCUCCAAGACUCUUCCAUUAGAAUGCAAUGCAGCCUAAAUGGGAUGCGUCAAAUCCUUGUAUUUUGUAAGACAUUAAGAGUCAAAUUAAAUGUUGAAUUGAAAUAAAUUUUCCAAUAUA